AUGCAAUCCUUAUUAGAUAAUAUCGAAGAUGGGAUUUAUCCAUCUUUUCGUAUGCGUAACAAUUCAUAUUCCACGACCACAUUAAUAAAUCCUCCUCAUUUGCAAACUCCGCCUCAUCAACCACUGUCAUUUACCAAUAAUGGUCAAACAUCCAUUCAACAGUUUCUUAAUUCUGAUAUGCUUGCAUCUAUGUCACGAAGUAAUUCCCAACCAGAUUUAACAGCUGCUUUAAAUACCGUGCAAUCAUCUGUUAAUCAAUUAACAUCAUCAAAAUCUAUGUCAGUUUGUUCUGAUGAUUUAUAUAUGGACAUAACUGGUUGUAAUAGUUCAGGUGUUGUUGAUGAUCUGUUUCUUGGCAUCGAAGCUGAUUUUAUUGGUACAUCUGAUCUAUCAGAUUUUUUUGAGAAUGGUGAUUUUUCCGAAUUAGACGAUACGCGUUCUCUAUUUCAACAAUUUCCUAAUCCAUCUAGUCUGUUACCUGCACCACAACGUAGUGCGCCAUCAUCGCCAAAAAAUCGAGCAAAAAGUCGUACGAAUAAUCAUGGACGGCAAUUACCAACAAAAUUAUGGUCUAAAAUGACAUGUGAUGAGCAAACAUCUGCGACCGAAGAACUAACACGAAUUAUCAAUGAACAACUUGGCCGACGCGAACAAUUAGAAAUUAUAAGAAUCUUACAACCUGAUGGACCACAAUUAUUACCGUAUCAAACAGAAUUCGUUUUAGAUUUCUCUGCUAUGAAUGAUGAUAAACAUAGAAGAAUAAAAAAUAUAAUUAAAUUCAAUUUAAUCAGUAAUGGAGGCUCUAUGAAUGAUGAAAGCGAUGGUUAUUCAUCAUUGUCAUCAAAUAAUAGUGAUCCGCUAUCUCAACGUAUCGAGAAAGCAUUCAAAUUAAGACAACGUAAAGAACAAAGACAAGCAGCAAAAGAACAUCGGUCAGGCUUAUUCAAUGCCCAACAUCAUCAAGUACUUGAACUGACAAAAUGCGAUGAAGACAUUGAAGUUGAUAUUUUAUCAUAA